GCUCCGUUACUCUUUAUUACUCAUUUGUUCUGCUCUGCUUACUCUUUACUCCUCUCUGCUCUGAUUUACUCUGUUCUGCUCAGGUUACUCUUUACUCCUUUCUGUUCUGCUCUGCUUACUCUUUACUCCUUUCUGUUCUGGUUUACUCUGUUCUGCUCUCUUUAUUCCGCUCUGCUCUGCUUACUCUUUAAUCUGCUCUGCUUACUCUUUACUCUGCACUACUCUGCUUACUCUUUACUCCUCGGUUCUGGUUACUCAGGAUUACUCUUCUUCAGCCCGGGUAACUCUUCUUUACUCUUCACCUCUCUGCUCUACUCAGGGUUACUCUUCUUCAGCCUGGGUUACUCUUUACUCCUUUCUGUUCUGCUCUGCUUACUCUUUACUCCUCUCUGCUCUGGUUUACUCUGUUCUGCUCAGGUUACUCUUUACUCCUUUCUGUUCUGCUCUGCUUACUCUUUACUCCUUUCUGUUCUACUCUGCUUACUCUUUACUCCUCUCUGCUCUGGUUUACUCUGUUCUGCUCUCUUUAUUCCGCUCUGCUCUGCUUACUCUCUAUUCUGCUCUGGUUACUCUUUAUUCCGCCCUGCUUACUCUUUACCCUGUUCUGCUCUGCUUACUCUUUACUCUAUUCUGCACUGCUUACUCUUUAAUCUGCUCUGCUCUGCUUACUCUUUAAUCUGCUCUGCUUA